AAUGAUCUCAAUCAAUGACUGCAGUUUAAACACCGUCACAUUCGCAAAUUCACGGAUCACUUCUGGUAAACUUUCACGGAGUGUUUUUUAUCUCUGAAGCGGCGCGAGGAAUCGGAUUUUUUACAGGUGGCAGAGGGCGAGUCGCGAUGUGCCACUGCGAGAAGAGGAUCGUGCAGCUGCGGGAGAAGCUGUCUCUCCUGCAGGACUCGUGGGCCGAGCAGCAACAGCACCUGGACAGGGUGCAGCUGCAGGUGCAGCACCUGCGGUCGCAGCUGCAGGUGCAGGGCCAGUUCUGCGUGUCGGUGGGCACGGUGCUGACGGAGCUGCUGUGGAAGGCCACCAAGAGCCAGGAGGUGGUCGACGUGAUGGUGCAGUCGCCGCACGCCGACCAGUUCCUCGACAUCGCCGACAACACGCUAGAGGCGUUCUUGGAGGCGUACGCGGACAGCGAGCCGGCGCAGUCUGCGGAGGAGUGCCGGUUCGUGGCGGCGCUGCUCGGCACGCUGGCCAACGUGGCGGCGGCGGACGCCGGCCGGCGCUUCCUGUCCGCGGGCCGCGACCCCCGCGGGCUGGCCGUGCUGCGGCGCCUGGUGCACGCGCUGCCGCGGCUGCCCGCCGGCGCCGUGGGCGCCGCGCUGCGCAGGCUCAUCUUCAUGGCGCUCUACAACCUCGCCAUCGGCGUCGACGGGCUCCACCUCAUACACAAGGAGUGCCGGCAGGAGCUGCUGCCAUCACUGCAGGUGAGCGAAUCGUGGAGCCCCGAGGCCCGUGAGUUGGGCCUGCGGCUGCUGCAGGCACUCACCUUUGAGAUGGCCAACCAUCACGUGCUCGCCGACUUCCUGCGUGCCGUGCCCCUCCAGUUUCUCGCUGAGCAGGCUGCCGGGCCAGACAACCAGUUCAAGCUGCUCGCCCAGCAGGUUCUUGACAAUUUGGAAAGAGCCACCAUACGGUUUAGAGGAGGAAUCCCUGGUGGCAGAUGUCGCAAGUUGGUCCCGUAUGACAGAUGUCUUUUUGUGAAAGAGGGUGAGAGGCUUCUGUCUAAUCCUGUAGAUGAACCAUGGCCCUGUCAGCCCAAGAAAUGUAGUCGUCGAUGAGAUGUCCCUCAAAACACUGUCACAUUCAACUGCUACUGUAACUGUAAAUAAGUAAAUUAAUUUGGUAUUGUAAUGAUGAUUGUUGUUCCAAAGCCUAAUAUUGACUGAAACUUUCUUACAUGUUUAUAUUUGAUUACUCUUACUUAGAGAAUAUGUAUUCUCAGGAGAGAGUUGCAUACAUUACCAGAAAAUAUAAUUAAACUACUACACUGUU